GCAGUGAGCAAGUGGGAUACCCCAAAAAGUGUCGCGGAUGUCGUAGUUUCCUGGGGUUAGCAGGAUACUACAGGAGGUUUAUCGAGGGCUUCUCGAAGAUAGCCCAGCCACUGACCAACCUUACGAAGAAGGCCGUGAGGUUCGAUUGGAGUCCUAAGUGCGAGGAGAGUUUCCAGGAGUUGAAGAGGAGACUCACUACCACGCCUGUCCUAUCCAUACCCGACCGUACUUUGGAGUUCACCAUCUAUAGUGAUGCUUCGAAGAUGGGUUUGGGAUGUGUCCUUAUGCAGCAGGGGAAGCUCGUAGCCUAUGCUUCGAGGCAGCUGAAGCCUCACGAGCAGAACUACCCCACUCAUGAUCUUGAGUUAGCUGCAGCUGUCCACGCCUUGAAAAUUUGGCGGCACUACCUCUAUGGAGGCAAGUGUGAGAUCUUUACCGAACACAAGAGCCUAAAGUACAUUAUCACUCAGAAGGAGCUGAACAUGAGGCAACGUAGGUGGUUGGAGUUCGUCAAGGACUACGACUGCACCAUUAGCUAUCACCCUGGGAAAGCUAAUGUAACAGCCGAUGCCCUUAGUCGGAGGAGUUAUGGCCAGUUGUCUUUCCUAUUCACCGGGCAUGAUGUUCUUCUUCGGGAGUUCGAGCGAUUACAGCUAGAGGCAGUGGAGUCGACUUCGACAGCCGGGGGUGUGUUGGACUCUUUGGUUGUGGGACUGACUCUUCGAGAGAGGAUAGUCUCCGAGCAACCGAAUGACCGUUUCUUAUGCCGAAUGAGGGAGUUUUCAGAAGCCGGUAGAAUUGGAGGAUUCACAGUCGCUUCUGAUGGGGCCUUGGUCUUCGUGGGUAGACUUU